AUGGAUUCAAGUACUGCAAGUAAUGACGAAACAAAAAAAGCUGCAAGUAAUGACGAAACAAAAAAAGCUGCAAGAUGUUCAUACUGCUCAACAAAAGAACGUGUAACAAAUGUAUACAUUUUAAAGAAAGGCAAUCAUAUCUGCUUUGGUGGUCAGUAUCAUUUAAAGAAUAUUGGAGAUAGGCAAAAGGCAGCAUAUAACCAUCAUGCCAUUGUUUAUGAGGUAAAACCUUUAAACAGUUUCGAAGCUGUAAUAGAACUUAUUCAUUUUAGCUCAACCCCAUUUGAUGCUGAACUGGAAAUUCAACAGACAUGGGAAAUGAUUGAUCUCAAGUUUAAAGAGGUCUACAUUGUCCGAUACCGACAUUCAACUAACUCUGUGGACAAAAUAAUACAAAACGCUGUGAAAAUGAUUGGAAACCACGGCAAAUACUCGAUACUUUGGUUCAACUGUGAACAUUUCUGCAACUGGUGUUGUGUCAGUACUGAAGAAUGCUUACAAAUAAAUAGUAUUAUUGACAAAUUGCAGUCAUUUCUUGCCGGCGCUGGGAAUUCAAGUGGUAGUAUUUUUAAAGUUCUCUUGAAAUUCUUUCUUCUUUCCGUCGAUGACAUAAGUAUACCUAAGGCAUGCACUUGGAAGCUAAAUUGUAUCACACACGCACCUUGGUGUGUUUCACUGAUUUCUGCUGUUGUCUUUUUGAUUUGGGCAAUUGUUCGCCAACGUAAACUCAAAACAAUGGUAGCUCGUGGACAAAUUUGCUCAUCCUGCUAUCAAAAGAACAGAAAUACACUUUGGAUGAAGUUUUUUUUAUUUUGUGCUUUACAAUCUAGCGGACUGGCUAUAAUCACUGUGCUACUAGGUUGCGCUAGUAAAGGUAUCGUGGCAGCUGCAGCAGUAGUAGGUAGUUUAGUGUCAUUAAUUGUAGUUAUUGCUAUCCCAAAGCUAUGCAACCUGUUCUUGUCACCAUUUAAGGGUUGUUUAAGAAAGGUAACAGAUAUUGAUGACAUUUCGGUUGGUGAUGUUAUUUCUUUCAAUUACUGGAAAAUGUCACAUGAUGGUAUCGUAAGCUCCAUUGUAUACCAGGAAACUAAAAAUGGGUCAGGAAUUGAAUCAAAGCAAAAAGGAAAAGUUACACUUAUUCACUACUCACGACGAAGGGUUAUUGUCGAAGAAAUGAUUAACGUUGAUUUUUCACAAGAUUCGAUUUUUCUCCAUGAUUACUCUGGCUACAGAGUACAUGAACCGGAAAUCGUAGUACAAAGAGCCAGAAAGCGACUCAAUGAAAGAAGAUAUAGAUUUAUAUCAAACAGAUCAUGUCAUUUUUGUCACUGGGCAAAAGUGAACGAGGACAUGGCAGCAGAAGUGAUUGGCAGUGACGAAGAUUCACAAUGUCUUUUCUAUGAAUCUGAAUUAGACCUUGAACAGUCAUUAUUAUCUAAGUCAACAAGUACGACACUGCAACCCAACAACACAACAGAAGAGGAACAACCUAUGAAGGUGCGACCACUUCAUGUAAACCACUCGAAAGACAAGAAACCAUCUUCAAAAGUGAUUGCAAGGUCUCCAGUCUGGAUACGAGACGAUCUGAAAGAAGGAGAAAUUUUCGAAUGCAGAAGUUUGAUCUUGAACCAAAAAUACGUAGCCACAUAUGUACGGUUUGACAAUGAUGAGACAUCGAAAAUAUAUGUCAAAUUUGUCCACGUAGGGAAAAACAAAAUUAUCCGUGAAGAGGAAAAAGUGUUUGACCUACAUACUUGCGAUGUAUGGGUAUACAAAUAUCAUCCUCUUUACUGCUACAAGAAGGCCGACAUUGUCCGGCGGGCAAGAAGCAGAAUUGGGGAAUAUUGGAAUAAAACAACGUUUUACAAGUCAUCAAAUUUGGCAACCGACAUUGUGGUAAAGCAUAACGAUUCAGUCAAGGAUAUGGAUGACAUACGACCAGGAGACGUCAUAUCGUAUAAAUACUGGAAAAUUAUGCACGAUGCUAUAGUCAUUACAGUGGAAAUUUGUGAUUCAAAACUAAACGACACCGGGAAUCUUACAAUUGUUCAUUAUGGACUGACGCAUCCGUUUGCCACACGCACUGUCAUUGAAGAAACUAUUUCUGUUGACUUGAAAACGGAUAUAAUUAUCCUGAAGGCAUUUGAAGAAUGCGUAACAUAUCCCUCAGAUACGGUCAUAAAGCGAGCAAGAUCCAGAAUAGGGGAGCAAAGGUUUUCAAUCAAUAAAAACAGAUCCACGGAUUUGGUGAAAUGGGCAAAACUUGUUCAAGUUCCGUCACUUGUCUAUAUUUCGAAGACUGGAAACGAAGAUCUGGCCACUUCAGAAGUUGAGAGAUAUGCACUGUUGCCAAAGGUUGGCGAUAUUUGUGAAAAUUUCCAGCGUAUCGUUGUGUACGCUUGGUCCGAUCUAUAUGUCGGUGCCUUGGUUGAGUACCCAUACUACACGAUCAUGCAUCAGGGCAUAAUUUCCUACGUGAAUGAGAAAGAAAAGACCAUUAAGUGGAUUCACUAUGGAACAUCCCAUAUAUUUGCUACAAGAACGAUUAUAGAGGAAGAACUCAAGUUGGACUUGCGUUUUGACAACAUUUACAUUUAUCGAGGACACCCAGGCUAUUGUAACAAACCCAGUAUAACCUUACAAAAAGCACGCAAACGGCUAGGGGAACAAAAUUGGGGAAGAGGAAAUAGGUCAUGGGACUUUUGUAAGGCAUGCGUGAUAAAAUAUCCAAAAUUUCAGCGUACCGGUGUACAUUCUUGGUCAGAUCUAUACGCCGGUGCCUGUGUUGAGUUUCCAUACUAUAAAAUCUUACAUCAAGGUAUAAUAUCCAGCGUAAAUGAGGAAGAGCAGAAGAUUGAUGUGAUACACUAUGGAACAGACCACAUAUUAGCUACAAGAACAAUUAUAGAGGAAAAGAUUCAGGUGCGUUUCGGCAAAGUCUGGAUUUAUCAAGGACAACCAGAAUACUGCAACGAGCCCAAUAUUAUUCUACAAAAAGCACGUGAUCGUCUAGGUGAACAAAAAUGGGGAAAAGAAAAUAGGUCAUCAGACUUUUGUAAGGCAUGUGUAAUGAAAUAUCCAAAACUCCGCCAUAAAGUCACAUUGCAAUGAAGACAGUUAAUAUAAAACAUAUUUAAUGAUGAGAUAUAAAAUGAAUACUUAAAUUGCUGUGUCUUAUGACCUAAGGAGGUUGCGAAUUCUACUACUACUUUAAUGUCAUACAUAGAGUGAUUCGCAAGAUUUACUAGCACUCACUCCUUAAAAAGAGAAUAACUAUUAAGCAAUAUAAUAAAAAGUUGAAUUGCAGGUUGCAUGAGCAAAACACAUGAAAGGACAUCCUAAUUCAGGUUAUUUUAGAUAUAUAGUAUAGAUCAUUUACUGGCAUAGUGAAAUAACAAAAUUGUAGUUAACUAUUAAGAAACUCCAAAUUUAUCUAUAAUAUCCACUUAAUGAUGUUGCUUACUUUGUAACUAAGCAUACUAAAGAAAUAAAUGAGACAAAAUUUUGAAGUCUCCGGUUAUCAAUUUUAGGCUUAGUUAAGGCUAGUAAGUCUGUUAUGAUAUUGGGAGGCUAGUUCAUGCAAAUAAAUAAAUGGUGCAUACGUAGUUGUUAAUAACCGGUUCUUAACGUUAAGUACAAAGAAUAAUUAACUAUUUGUUGUAUUGAACUGAACCGGUACAGUAGAUAGUGUAUGUUAGUAUACUUCAGUGCUUAAACAUGUUAAAAGUGGUAAAUAUGAUUUUGAGCAAGAUAGAUUUACUUAUAAACUUUAACGUCAGAUCGUGUCGCUGAGCGCUUUAGGCAUGAUAUGUUUUCAGUCAAGGUGUACUUCUUUGAUAACUUGAUUUUUUUUUAAAUUCUGGUUGUCAAAUCGAAAUGGCUUGGUUUUAAAUUUAAGUUUGUAAAUGUGUCCAAGGAAUAUUAUAUUUGUAGAGUGGAAUUCUAUUAAAGUUAAAAUGAAUGUAUUCCAUGAUCCAAGGCUUGCUGGAGGCAGUUGAUGGUUAUUUGUUGUGUUUGCUUUCUUUUGAAUCUGGUGUUGUACCGUCUAGCCGUUGGUUAUAUUUGAAAAAUAAAUGUUUUCCUUUAAUCGAUAAAUUAUAAAGCACUGAUUAACUAUUUUAGCAUGGAGGUGUUUCUUUAUUCAGAUUUUGCAUUUCGGAAUCACCAAGUGCGAUUUUAAUCAAUUAAACUUUGUAUCUUUGUGUGCCAAAUAGAGAUUAAGCUAACUGAAGUCACAUAGAAAGGGAUUAGAAUAAUUAAAAGUCAGCUUCCAUAUCAAUAAUGUUUGAUUUGUACAUAAGGUAGUAUAAAAGUAUUUUCUGCUGCAUCUGUCUUAAGAAUCAAUCUUCUUUCUGUUCAUUCAUUUCUUUUGUUGUAAUUUCUAUGGUUGUAUGUAUAUCAAUGAGUAAAAUGAAGUAUCAAAUUCUGCAAAAGUAACAGUAAAACAUGAUAUGUGUGUUAUAACGUAUAAAUAUAAAAGGUUUUAUCAUCUUGCAGGUUAUCACUUUUAACAUAACAACGUUUUGGGUUCAUUAAUUUCAUAACAACCAAUACAUCUGAACAUUUCUUAAAUGCAUAGACUAAAUUCUAAAGGUUAAGGUAAUAACCCGUACAAUGUAACAUACCUGGAUUACUUAAAUAGUAUCGCCAUGAUUUCAUGUGCUAGAUAUUAUCAAAACUUUAUAGUGCAAUAUACAUUUGCAAAUUAUCUAUGUAGAAAUAACGUUGAACAGAUCAAUAUUCUGUUUUCGGUUUAGUUUCAAGAUAUAUCUUAUUGCCUUUUUUCAUAUCUGGAUAUAUCUAGAUAGGAUCUGUACCCUAGACGUUAGUCAUGGUUUGGUUAUCUAAAAUUAGAUAAUACCUGCAGAAUAAGAAACACACGAUAGAUGAAUACAAGUAUCAAGAAUGUCUGUUGCGGUGCCUUAUUAAAUUUUCAUUCUGAUGAAACCUUUCUUUUUCUUAUCGUUGAUCAAAUUCUUCAUUUGUGAAUUCAAAUAUGUUUUGUAUAUAUAUUGGUAUCUAUGUGUAGAUGUGUAUUAUAUUCAUGAAACAGGUUGUAUUUUAUUUUGUUCUUUCAAUAAUUUAUUGUAAUAAACUGUGCCUUUUAAGGUAAACAAGGCAACUGAUGAUGCUUCAACAUCUAAAGACCAGUUAUUAUUAUAUCAGUAUUUUACUUCCGUAUUUUGUUAAUAGAGUAUUUCAACUUGGACCAGAGAAGGAGGAUCUCUAUAUCAAGUUGGUUAUCUAUGUGAACUGCUACUUUAUGUAUAUGUUUAGCAAUAAUGGACCUGUAAUAUUGUUAAUAAUAUCCUGUUACUUCUAUUGAAAACUAAAGGCAUAAAAUUUGUUUGUUUCAGUAUAAGAUCGAAAUAGCUUUCAGGGAGUGAACAGCAGGUGUAAAUGUUAGACCAUGUGUUCAUAAGUGAAAUUUGCUUAUUUUUUACGUAUUUGACAAACAUUUCUUUUCUGUGUAAUGUUUCAUCAAAGAUGUUUAGGUAAUAUUUGUAUAUUUGUUUCACCGUGAAGUUACCAAGACACUUUCAGUCUAAUAUUUCAUUAUUCAUGGAAAACAAUAUACACUAAACGAUUACUUGUUGUUACAUGUUAUUUGGUGUUCCUAUAACAUGCAACAUAAACUAGAUUCAGAAAUGAGGUAACAUGUGUUAUAGGACGGUUUUAUGAUCUCAUGCAAAGUAUCAUUGGUGUUAAGACAAAAUCUUUUAUAAAGUUUAAUUUACGGUCAUUUGUAAACCAAAACUAUUCUGUGAUUAAUUACAAAUACUGUACUGGUCUCAUUUUAGUUCACCCAAACAAGAUCACAUUUAGUAAUACAUUCUAUGAACCUUAAAAAUGAAAGCAUUUUAUUUGAAAAAGGGUUUCAAGGUCAGAUAUAAGUUUUACAUCAUUGUGAAGGUUCCCAAUUGUUGAAGUACGUGCUUUUUCAAUUUUAUUACCUUACCUGAAAUUGAUUUUCCCGUGUAAAGGUCUGACCCAUAAAGUCUUUGGAAGGAUAAAAGCUUUUUCUGAAAAUUUUACAAAACCUUUAAAGGUAACGUUUUAAUAUCAAAUUACAUGACUUGAAAGUUUGACUUACUAUUACAAGAAAAGUUUGCGUGCUUCCGGAUAUACACCACAACAUUUCAGUACAAAUUACUACGCCUAUAAAAUGCAAACGAUCUGAGACCAAUAAUAUUUUAGCUACUAUUUUAACAUCACUUAGAAUACAAAUAGAUUUACAUCAAAUUCGUACAUUUUCAGUAUUUUUGUAAUAAUAUAUCACAGUGUACACGAAAGAUGUAAUAAUAAGUAGUACGUUAAGAAAUGGAAGUAUUUUCUAAAAAUCGGAAAACUAACAAAAUAUUACCCUAUUAUAUUAUGUAUUUUUUUUUAUUUUUUAUUGAAAAUAUUCUGUAGCUAUAAUACAUGGUGUAUUAUGUCUUAUCCAAUAAAAGUGCUCUAAUUAAUAUUUGUUGUUAUUAUCAUACUAGAAUACCAAUAUAAUAAUGGUAGCUGCCGAUCAUUUCCAGUUUGAUCUUUUGCUUACAAAUUACAAUUGUUUUCAUAAAUAGCAUGUUUCUGAUAGCAUACAUGUGUAUUUACAAACUGCCUUUUACUACUCCUCGGGUGCACUAAGUCAUUUCCAUCUCCUGAACCGUUUUAUGUACUAAAUUACUAUCCCGCAGCGACAACACCUACACCACCGUUGGCCCUUACUUCCCCACGAUUUUAUAUGAAAUCUGCCUUUAAAAGUCUAAAACUAACUCCGAAAUAUUUUCAAAUCAAAU